AUGAAGCAUCCACGCGCUUCUCUACCAACCCCAACAUCAACGAAUUCAUUUUGGCACAGCGAGCCGAACAAAUUCUUGCUGGGGCAUCGAACGACCGAGAAGCUGCCUUCUGAGGCUGAUAUUGUGAUCGUGGGAACCGGCAUAACUGGCACAUCCGCUGCAAGAUUUCUGAGCGAAGAUGCAAGGUCAAAGGGGAAGAGUAUUGUUGUGCUCGAUGCUAGGGAGGCAUGUUGGUGCGCCACCGGACGGAACGGCGGCCAUUGUCAGCCUCUCCUCUGGGAUCGUGGCUCCGAAGUAGCUGCAUUCGAACUCCGCAAUGUCGCCGCCGUACGAAACUACAUCGAAGCGAACAACGUCCCUUGCGAAUGGCGCACUGUAUACGGCUGCCGCACCUUCUGGACGGAGGGCGCAAUGGCCGAAGCCGAAAAGGAAAUCGCUCAACUCCAGGAAUCAUCGCCGGAUGUUGCAGCUCAAGUCUCAAUCAUCAAGGACAAAGCUGAGCUCAAGAAACACCGCGUCAGUUCCGAAUGUGUCGGCGCAACUCUCACAGCCGGCGCAGCAAGUCUAUGGCCAUACAAGCUCGUCACAUUCAUACUCGAGAAGUUGGUGAAGGAGGGGAAGAUCAACUUGCAAACCAAAACACCAGUCGAGGAAAUCAAGACCUCGGAAGACGGCAAGACGCACACAUUGGUUACGCCUCGCGGCACUAUCAGUUCGCAGAACGUCAUCCUCGCAACAAAUGGCUACACAUCCGCUCUCCUACCACACUUCGCAGACCUCAUUGUCCCCGUGCGCGGCGAAAUGUCUGCUCUAUACCCACCCGCAAACUCAACCAUCAUCCCAGACUCCUACGGCAUGGUCGGCGCCCUGAACCAGCCCGAGACCAACGACGACUACCUAGUCCAGCGCCCAUACUCGGGUGUGCCGAAUCCAGGCGGCCACUUGAUGUUCGGCGGCGGACGCGGCGCCGGCCAUCUACCGACCAUCGGCGUAUCAGACGACACCAUCAUUGACAAAGACAGCGCAGCCUAUCUGCGCAGCGCGCUCCUCAAAGUCCUCGAACUCGACGGCGAGACGGAGGGACUUGCUGAACUCAAAGCCGCGGCUGAGUGGACUGGCAUCAUGGGAUACAGUCGCGACGAUCAUCCGUGGGUUGGCAAAGUGCCUGAGAAAGAAGGGCUGUGGCUUUGUGGCGGGUACACGGGACAUGGUAUGCCCAACGGCACAUUGUGUGGAAAGGCGGUUGUGGAUAUGUUGCUUGCAGAGCUGGAGGGCAGGGACUUUGCAGAUGUACAGGAGAGUAUGGUGCAGAAGGGCGAUAUACCGCGGAGUUACCUUUUGAGCACGGAGAGGAUUGAGAGAGCGAGGGCUGGGCUUACAGUGGAGCAGCAGGAUCAGAAGGGCUUGCGCAUGCCGAAUGGGGUUGUGUAG